GAACCAAUACGUUUCAACUCUACCACUUGUUGAGCUAAUUGAGGCGGUCGUGUGAUCACUGAUCAGUAAUUCUUCGUUCACGCGAUCAUUCUUCAGUCUUCAGCCAGCUCCCGAACGGAUCUGAGCUCCUCUAGAGUUCUGCGCUCUCCUUAUACCCGAAAAGAAUUCAGAUCUCGAUCUCUGUCGUUACUUUCAAAAAGAACGUGCCCUUCGUACGGACAACAACAUCAAAACAUUUGUUUAAAUACACAAAUCAACUAUGACCCUCAGGGACUGGGGAUAUCGCCUGCUGCCAGGUCUAAAGUGGCUGCACGGAUACACCGGCCAGGAUGCAGUGGCGGAUCUGAUAGCUGGAGUAACAGUUGGACUCACGGUAUUGCCGCAGGGACUAGCCUAUGCGACGCUAGCGGGAUUGGAGCCCCAGUAUGGCCUUUACUCCGCUUUUGUGGGAGGCAUCAUAUACGCCAUGCUGGGCAGCUGCCGACAGGUUACCAUUGGACCCACAGCUUUGCUUGCCCUGAUGACUAGUCGGCACACGGGAUUUGGAUUGGGCUCGGGUCCAGCCUACGCGAUACUCUUGUGCCUUAUCUCCGGUGUAGUUGAGCUGGGAAUGGCUGUGCUAAAAUUGGGCGCCCUGGUGGAUCUAAUAUCACUGCCUGUUACCGUGGGAUUUACCUCGGCCACUGCCGUUAUCAUUGGCACCUCACAGUUGAAGGGUUUGCUGGGUCUGCGAGGUGGUUCCGGGUCUGAUUUCAUCAACACCAUGCGCUCGGUAUUUGGAAAUCUGCAUAAUGUCAGGCAGGGUGAUUUUACCCUUGGAUUGAUCUCUAUCAUAGUACUGCUGCUGCUGCGGAAACUCAAAGACGUAAAGCUAGAUGGCCGAAUCAGGAACUUACGGACGCAGCAGCUAAUAAGUGGUAGCAUCUGGGUUAUAGCCACCGGUCGGAAUGCCCUGGUAGUGCUAGUUACCAGUGCGCUGGCCUACAGCACGUGCGAGCAAAUGGACAGCUGUCCGUACAUCCUUACUGGCAAGGUGAAAAGCGGUCUGCCAAAUGUGUCGCUACCAAAGUUCGAGACUACGAUUCUGGACAGGAAUGGCACCGAGAUCAGACAGAACUUUGAACAGAUGCUUUCUGAAUUGGGUCCUUCCAUGCUGAUAUUGCCCAUUAUUGCUGUUCUCGGUAAUGUAGCUAUUUCGAAAGCGUUUGGAGGAGCCGGGCUAAGUCCAACGCGGGAACUGGUUGCCCUUUCCAUGAGCAACAUUUGCGGCGCCUUCUGCAGUUCCAUGCCUGUGACCGGAUCCUUCUCGCGGAGUGCUGUCAAUCACGCUAGUGGGGUAAGGACACCCCUUGGAGGAUGUUACACUAGUGUCCUGGUUCUUCUGGCCCUCGGACUUCUGGCACCCUACUUCCAGUACAUCCCAAAAGCUGCUCUCAGUGCGGUCAUCAUCUCUGCAGUGAUAUUCAUGAUUGAGUUCGAGGUCAUCAAACCGUUGUGGCGAUGCAGCCGGCGUGAACUGCUCCCGGGUGCCAUUACCUUUGUGAUGAGUUUGGCUGUGGGCGUAGAAAUAGGCCUUCUGCUGGGCGUGAGCUCCGAUGUGGCAUUCCUGGUUUACCGGGCUGCCCGUCCUGUACUUAGUGUCUCCAAACUGCAAACUACCAGCGGUAUUAAUUAUAUUCUAAUACGUCCUAAGCACAGUUCACUGUACUUUCCGGCCAUUGAAUGGGUCCGCUCGGGAAUCUCCAAAGCUUUGACCAUUCACGGAACAGCUCCUGUGGUCCUGGAUUGCGCUCAUGUUCAUGAUUUCGAUUUCACGGCAGCCCGAGGAAUGGGUUCGUUGCAAAAGGAGCUCGCCAAGGCAAACGUGCCUCUGUUCCUCAUGGGUGCUGACAAGGACAUUGGGAUUAUUCUUAAGGAGUCGACCAACAUCGAUUUCCCCACGAUAGACUGUCCUGAUGAUUUGGAAAUGCUUUUGGAGCAAACUCCCGACUAUGUUCUGCAUUUGCAGAUCUCGACUCCGCUUGUCGAUUCGCGCCUGGUACAUUGCGAUGCCGGAGAACCAACUGAACUGAGUAAACUUAAUGGGAAAACGUGUUAACAGAAAGCUCAAACUAGAGCAAAUAAGGAUAUUGUUUAUGUUAAAUGUACUUAAGUUUUACGUUGCGGCACAAAAUCUUUUUAUGGCAAGGUCAUCUGCAUUGCCUGAAAAAAGUUAAUUGAAAUGCUUUAAUACAGCAUUUAAAGCUCUCUAAACUUCCUAUUUCCUGUUCAAGUAUUUAACUGGAGCUACAUUUCAUUUCCAACUAUUUCAUUCCUAUGUUAUAAUGUUCCCUCGAAUAGAUUAAGCUUAAAUUGUACAUACAUCUAUAUAAGUUUAUGUAAUUGUUUUAAAUUUUGUUUUUUAUAUAAUGUGUAUUUCAAAAUCUACAAAAUAGUUCCAUGACCACUGUUUAACAUUAGGCAUUUUAAGAAAACCAGCCGAAAAUUAUGCACUUAAAAUUCUAAAGAAAGAUUUAAAAAGCAAGCAUAUCCCCAAAAGGCUGCACUGAAAAGCAAAUCAGGUUUCUUUAAAAGUUUUUUUUAUUAAAUCUUACGAAAAUUCGCAUUUAUUUAAUAUUUGUAAUGAAUAAGAACUGAUCCUUAUGGUAAAUCAGAGUAUAAAACUAAUUUUUACAUGCGUAGACACAAUUAAAAAGACAAUUUUAAAUGAAA